UGAUUUUUUUAUAUAAAUAUAUAUUUAAAACUUAUGAUUUAUUGAUAAAACAGUUUUAUAAGAAUUAAGGAAUCCACCAGUUUGCUAUUUAUGAUAGAUUAUCGUUAUUUUCGGUGUAAAUUUAUUGUAAUCAUAAUCGAGUUUUGCUCUUGAUGGCUUCUACCAAAAUGGUUUCGCGGCGAGUCGUUAGAGGUGAAUAUGCGUUGUUUUGGUAUAUCUAUAUCCGCAAUGCAGGCGUGCCUGUAUAUUACGAGUUAAAAGUGAGUGCGGCUGAGAUAUUUCGGGAAAAAACAUAGCUCAACAACUAGGUACGAGUUUUUUAUCAACGGCGUUUAAAUGUGGAACUUUUCUCUUGGAAUUUGAACUAGAUUGAAUUUCAAUAAAUAAUCGGUGCAAUAGUUUAUGUAAUGUGAAAGGUAUCGCGGAAACUGUUGAAGAUUCUCAUUAAUAUUUACAAGUACAUACUAUUCAUUUGAAUUAAAGAUAAAAUGGUCUUAUAUUAAGUAACUACACGGUAAUAAUAUUCAUAUACAUGAAAAUAUAAAUUAAAACUAUGGAUAAUUCAAGUAGUGAAGAGACAUCAUCAUCAGAUUACAGUACAGAAAGUUCCGAAGAUGAUGGUAUGGAAAUAGCUCAAAUAGGAAACGUAAAAAUUCAAUUACCGCAAGGUUUAUGUGAAAGACAAGACUUAUUUAGGGAAAUCCUGUCUACUGAGACUUGGAACUCACUUUCCGAAGAAAAUAGACAACAUCUACAAACUUUCCUACCAAAUUUUCCCGAAGAUGAUGAACUGGAAAAAACGAAAACUUUACAGAGGUUGUUUGAUUUUGAAGUUUUCAAAUUUACUAGUCCAUUAGUUAAAUUUCACGAUGAUUUGAAAGCAGGAUACUUUAGACCGGACAUUGCACGUAUGAGGAAGAUUAUUAGGAAAGCCGAAAGAAAUGAAUCUAAAUACAGGUACAAGAUGUUUAGGAAGCAGCUAAAAGAUGACAUAAUAGAAUCUCGAGAUAAACUUCUUUCUCAAGUAAGAAAUUUACCACCGGGAGUGGAUCCCAAGCAAGAAAAGAGAAAGAUUAACGUAGACUACGUUUCGUAUAGAACGAAGAGGCGCUAUUUUCAAACUUUGCAAUCGAUUAAAUCUAAAACAGACGAUACAGGUUGUUCUUCGGACGAAAAUUAUCCAGAAGGACCGCCUACAUCGUUAUCCAGGAAACAAAAAAGGCAUCUCAAUAGUAUUAGGAAUAGUUUGAAUAAUUCGAAGGAAGAAUUCCAUUGUUCCACCAUGUUUACGAAAUUGAAUGGUUCACAAGUAGAUUUAGAAAGAUACAUCACCCCCAAUUUCAAUCCGUUUUAUAUAAAUGACGAAUCUUAUAAAAACAUGAUUUACCAACACAAAAAAAGGAAAUUGAACUCUCCUGACGAUCCCGAAUUGAACAUAAAAGGAUUUACGUUAACGGAUAUAAUCAAUAGGACACAAUUACCUUAUAAUAAAAAUAUGCCGAUGAUUACUAAACACUUACCGGAAUCGAAAUCGAUCAACAGGAAAAAAAUCAAAAAGGAAUCGAGGAAACCAUCGGAACAUUCGUCGUACAGUAUUAACAAUAAAUUUAAAUCGAAUUACGAUGAUCACAGUUCUAAUUCAGAUUCGGAUUCCGACUCUAUUAUGGAUAAUACCGUAUCUAAAACAAAACACAAAAUCAAAUUGAAACACACCAAAACCGAUAUCAAAAAAGAAACUGCAACUACUAAUAACAACGAAUCGAUGCCCAGUAGUUCAAACGUACUCCAACCUAUAAACAGUAUUACUCAAUACGGUAAAAUCACCCCGGCUUGCGUGGAAGAUCUAGACGGAAUCGACGUUAUGAAUAUACCAAUAGAUUUAGAUAAUUCCGAUAUAGAUAUAUUGGAAUUGAAUAAUAAACCGGAAUUGAUGCAAGAUACGCACGCCAAUUUCUUUUCGUUAAUUAGAGACGUGAUAUGUUCGACUUGCGAUCACAGAAUGAACAUGUACACGUUACAGGAAAGACUAAAAACUUGGCAGGAAAACCCCAUAAGUCCUCUGAACGAUUGGUACAGCAGCACCGACAAUUGGAUCGGGAUACUACCGUCGGCGAUAACUUUUUUGUGCGGUAACGCUUCCGAACAACCUGACGAUUUCGUUCCUUACAUGGAAUACAAAUCCAAUUUGGACGUUUAUCAAUGGAUAGGGGCCGGAAGGGAUUCCGAUAAUCUGUUGAGUUGUUUGUGUAGUUUUUGGUUGGAACAUAAAUCUGACGGUAAAUAUUUGUCGUCGAAUAAAGAAGAAUUAGACGUGGAUAUAACUGAUAGAUCUAGCAGUCCACCGCCGCCGAGGUACCCCACAACUUGGACAGUUAGGAAGGCUACGCCGGAGGAAAUUAAAACUUUCAGGGAACAAGAACGGAGAAGAUACGACAACCCUCACAAGGCAUUCACAUAUCGUUGUAACAACUAUGAAUCAGUGGUAGGACCAAUUAAAGGCAUAUAUAAUCCUGCGGUGGGUAACAGUAAAGCCAGAGGACAUACCAUGUUAUCUGCCGAUAGACCAAAUUUCGUAACUAUUUUGUCAUUAGUUAGAGACGCGGCUGCAAGACUUCCAAACGGCGAAGGCACCAGAGCGGAAAUUUGUGAAUUAUUAAAAUCCUCUCAGUAUAUUUCCAGCACCGCACCGGAUAACGUUCUACAAUCAGUCGUAUCCGGAGCAUUAGACAGGAUGCACACUCAAUGGGAUCCUUGCGUUAAAUAUGAUCCAAAGAAAAAAAUUUGGAUUUAUUUACAUAGAAAUAGAACAGAAGAAGAUUUCGAAAGAAUACAUCAACAAUAUCAAGGAGUUAAUAAAACGAAUAAGAAAGUACAUAAGAAACCUAGUUCGAAAUCUAAAGGAAAACAGAGUCCGGAGAAACCUGUAAAAACAGUAAAAUCAGAAACAACCCCGACUGCACCUCCAGCUCCCCUACAACCACCACCUUUGCAAGAAACUACCCAAAGACGAACUAGCGUCACAAUGACAACGGCGCAAGUUCAAAAUCCUCCACUGCCAAAUUUAAUAACCGUUACAGCACCCCAGAAGGGUACGAGUUUGUUGUUAAGCAAUAAUUUACCCAAAACUCAAGUUCAUAUUCAAGAAAGUGUCCUGCAAUCUAAACCUGUGAUAUCAGACGAACCACCACCGCUUGCAGCAGCUUCGAAUAUCACUUUGAAACAGACCAAAGAAGAUACGGAUAUCAACAAGACUUUCCAGACAAUUAUCCAGAAUAGGGUGGCAAGUCCGACAUUGAAAAGUGGUAAAAGUUUAGUUAAAAUCCUAUCUCCGUCCCACGGAAAGUCCCUUAUAAUACCAACCACGAACGCGCAGUUGAUAAAACAAAUCCAAGAUCAACGUACCGCCCCAAAUAAACAAAUAGGUCAAGUGGUAACCCAACAGUUUCUCCAAACGAUCGCCGCUCAACAGAAGCAACUCCUGGUCCAAAAGCAGAACCAAGGAGAAUCAUCGGAAAACCAACAGGAGAAAAUGAAAGUACCGGUCAGCGUCCAACAACAGAUCCUGCAAUUACAGAACGUGAAGAACGUGACUCUGUUGAGGGCCUCGCCGACGAGUAACGUCGGUCUGAGUCCCCUAACCGGCGCUCCGGGGGAUCCGGGCGUCGAUCAGACCAACAUAGUGACCGUAUCGGUGACCAAAUCGGAUCAGAUAGUCGGUCAACCGAGUUUGCAGAUCAAAUCGCAAAGUAAUUUGAGUCAAGCGCAACAACAACAAAUCCUGCAAACUAUAAAACAGAAACUUUUGCCGAAUUCCGGUUUGUUGGCUAAUCCGCAACAGAUCAUAUUGAAGCAGAAGACGGGAUUGAUUAAUGUGCAAAAAUCUGGAAUGGUGCCGGUCAGUACGCACGUCGUCGCCCAUCAAAAAAUUACAGCAGAUUUGACGAAAUCUGGCAAUUCCGCUCAAACGCCCGUAGUGGCUAAAGUAUUGACUAACGCCGCAGGACAAGUUAUAUCGGUGGAAAGUUUAUUGCCUCAACAGAAACAAACGAGUGUUUUAAGUCAAGGUACUACUCUAAGAGUAUCAGGUUCGAAAUCGGGUCAACAAAAUUUGAUCCAUUUAACCGGUUCUUCGAAAUCGAACGCCUUGAAUCAAUUAACCGUAGGAUCUCAAAAUAAUAUACUGACAUUAACGACCCAACCGAAAUUCGUCGUGGCAUCCCAGAGUACGACUUCGACAUCAUCCGCCACGGUUACGAAAAGUUCCUCGCGAUCGAUCAACAAAACUCAAACCCUGACGAAAAUCAACACGAAAACCAACCAACAGUUGAUAAACGCCAAAUUAAUCCAAGGAAUCGACGGUCAAAAGACCGUUCACCCGAAACUGUUGGUGGGCCAAUCGAAUCAAAUACGGAUACCCGCCGGGAAGAAUACCCCCAAGUCUCUAACUUUGAACGUUACCGGGAAUACCAACACCAUUAGGAUGGUGAACGCGGCUAACCUCAAUUUGGGACAUUUGGGUGGUAAACCGAUUCUAUUGGCCAGCAGCAAGGGCGGCGCCAUUCAGAAUAUACAAGGACAGAACGUUAUUUUGCAAACUCAGUCUGGUAGUUCGGCGCGUUCGUUAGUACUGCAGAACGCUUUGAAGAGUACUGGAAAUAACGUCGGCGGUCAACAAUCGGUUGGUAAUAAUAUUAAUAUUAUUAAUCAACCCAACAUUGUUUUCAGUCCCCAAGUGAAAGUGCAAUCUCCUCAACAAGUGAUGUUUACGUCUACGAAAAGCGGUCAAGUUGGUCAAACUCAAACCGUAUCUCAGGGACACAUAAUGAUCGGGGGUCACCCCGUCAGGUUACAGACGAGUAACGCCGCUAAUACGCAAAGGGUCGUUUUGGCGAGUCAAGGACAAGGCGGACAAAUACUAGCUCAGCAAAUUUUACUACCAGCGGGUUUUCAAGGCACUGCCAUUAAUAUUAAGGCACUUCAAGGGGUCAAAGUGAUACCGAUCACUCAAACUACGGGACAAAAUAAAGGUAUCCAGAGUAGGCAAGUAUUAGCUCACGUCGUCAAUCCGAACGCAGUGAAAUCUACUGCCCAAACUUCAACCAUUUCAUCGGAAAAGAUAUCCGAAAUAACUCUCCCUACACAAGAAGGCGAGUGAAGCUAAAAUUUUCAUCGAUUUUACCCUAAAAUUGUACAAAGUGUCGAUAAUUAAAUUAUUGUAGUGAUAAACUAGUAAAUCCAGUAUCAAAUUGGUUGUAUAUUAUUUAAUAUUAAUCAGACUUGUAUAUAAGGAUUUCGAUUUAAUUGUGUACAUAUGAAAUUUUAAACGUUCUUUUUUUUAUUUGUGUAUUAACAAAAAAUGAAUUUUUUAUAUAUAAAACGAAAAACA